UGAGAUCUUAAUUUAACAAACUUUUACAAUUUUGGGAUCCAUAACACCUUAACCAAAUGUACAUGUGUGACGAAGAAAGAGCAAUAUUAACUUUAAUCGGGUGCUUUAUGCUUCACCGUAGACAAUCAUUCAUUCAGUGCUUAAUACAUCUCUCAAAUAUUGAAUCAUUCAUUCAGUGCUUAAUACAUCUCUGACUAAAACUGCAUCGUUUUGCCAUCGCUAAAAUUACCCCCAAAUCACGGAGUUAGGGUUUACUGUCCAUCAAUGUCUUCCAAAUCAACAGAGGAAUAUUGCGUAUCAGGGUUAUGCAUAAACGAAGCGUUGACGGACGACGAGCUUCGUUCGAUUCUGGCGAGAUUUGAUAAUGACAAAGACAAGGAAACUUUCGGUUUGGUAUGUAAGCGAUGGCUUCGGUUGCAGAGCACCGAGAGGAAGAAACUCGCCGCACGCGCCGGUCCUCACUUGCUCCGGAAAAUGGCUGAUAGGUUCACGCGCUUGGUUGAAUUGGACCUUGCUCAGUCUGUUUCUCGUUCGUUUUAUCCCGGGGUUACUGAUUCGGAUCUUGCUGUUAUCGCUAAUGGUUUCAGAUGCUUGAAGAUCCUCAAUUUGCAUAACUGUAAAGGAAUUACGGAUGUUGGGAUGAGAGCUAUUGGUGAUGGUCUUUCCUUAUUACAAUCAUUGGAUGUGUCCUACUGCAGAAAGCUGACUGAUAAGGGGUUAUCCGCUGUUGCCAAAGGCUGUUGUGACUUGCAGAUAUUGCAUCUUACUGGGUGCCGAUUUGUUACGGAUAGUAUACUAGACGCACUGUCCAAAAACUGUCAUAAUUUAGAAGAGUUGGGAUUGCAAGGAUGCACAAGUAUCACUGACAAUGGACUCAUAAACCUUGCAAGUGGUUGCGGGAGGAUCAAAUUUUUAGACAUUAAUAGAUGCAGUAACGUCAGUGAUGUUGGGGUUACUAGUAUUUGUAAGUCUAGUUCUUCUUCUCUCAAGACUUUGAAAUUGUUAGAUUGCUACAAAAUCGGGGAUGAAACUAUAUUAUCAUUGGCCAAAUUCUGUGAUAAUCUGGAGACUUUGAUCAUUGGUGGUUGCCGGGAUGUCUCCAACGACGCAAUAAAGUUUCUUGCUACUGCUCGUAGAAACAACCUUAGAAACUUGAGGAUGGAUUGGUGUCUCAACAUUUCUGACUCUUCAUUGAGCUGUAUUCUAAGUCAAUGCAGAAACCUCGAGGCACUGGACAUUGGCUGCUGUGAAGAGGUGACAGAUACUGCUUUUCAUCAUAUAAGCAGCGAGGAGCCUGGUUUGAGUUUAAAGAUUUUGAAAGUUAGUAAUUGUCCAAAGAUCACAGUGGUCGGUAUAGGCAUUCUUGCGAGUAAAUGCAGUCAGCUGGAAUACUUGGAUGUGAGAUCAUGCCCACAUAUUACAAAGGCUGGCCUUGAUGCGGCUGGUUUCCAUUUUCCUCAGAGCUGUAAGAUUAAUUUUAACGGUAGCAUCAGCGAGCCCGCCGUUCUUCAUUGAGACUGUAAUUAUUAUUGAAGAUUGAUUAGAUGAAAAGAUCCGCCGUUAUGAACUAUCUUGUUAAGAAAUUUGAGGAGAAUUUGGUAAUGUUAGUUUUCAUGUGCAGCAUGAAUAUCACUGCACUGAUUGUUAAUCUCACCCGUUGUAAAUUUUGUAAGCUCAAUAUUGUGAUCUUGUUUUGUACAAUUGUCACCAUAACUUUGAUGGUAUGCUUGAAAUCUUUUUCAGUUUAAUCAAAUAUUUUAAGCUCAAUUUAAUCA